CACGACGGCGACGGCUCCGACGCCGAUUCGCCUAAUCUCCGAUCAAAAUCGCUGAUUCUGGUUAAAAUCUGGUGCUUGAUCAUCGUCUUCUUUGGGACGUUCGUCGGCGGGGUUUCGCCCUAUUUCCUGAAGUGGAAUGAGGGGUUUCUAGUUCUUGGGACGCAGUUUGCUGGUGGGGUGUUUUUGGGGACGGCGAUGAUGCAUUUUUUGAGCGAUUCGAACGAGACUUUUGGGGAUUUGACGGAAAAGGAGUAUCCUUUUGCGUUUAUGCUGGCGAGCGCUGGCUACGUGAUCACUAUGCUCGCUGAUUGUGUCAUCUCCAACGUGGUUCUUGCGAAUAAGGGCGUUCGAGAUGUUGAGCGAGGGAAUGUUGCACAAGAUAAAGUUGACAGUAAUAGUACGAAACCACACUCACAACCAGAGGGUCCACAUGGUGGUGCUCAUAACCAAUCCGUAGAAUAUGUACUUAGUCAUGCUAGUUCUCUUGGCGACAGCAUUUUGUUGAUUGUAGCCUUGUGUUUCCAUUCAGUCUUUGAAGGCAUUGCAAUUGGUGUUGCAGAAAACAAAGCAGAUGCGUGGAAAGCACUAUGGACAAUCUCUCUCCACAAGAUAUUCGCAGCCAUUGCAAUGGGUAUAGCGCUGCUAAGAAUGAUCCCUGACCGGCCUCUCAUAUCCUGUGCCGCCUAUGCCUUUGCCUUUGCAAUCUCCAGCCCUGUCGGUGUUGCCAUAGGGAUCAUUAUAGAUGCCACAACAGAAGGCCAUGUAGCUGACUGGAUAUUUGCCAUAUCCAUGGGCAUUGCUUGUGGAAUAUUCAUUUACGUCGCUAUUAAUCAUCUCCUUGCUAAAGGUUAUCAGCCUCAGCAGCCUGUUGCAGUUAAUACUCCAAUGUAUAGAUGGUUGGCUCUGGUGUUGGGGAUUGGAGUUAUCGCAGUUGUGAUGAUAUGGGAUACAUAAAAUAUUCAAUAUAUAUCCUGUGAUGCAAAGUAUGUGCAUAGUGCUUAUAGACUCGGGGUGAAGGAGUUCUCGGUUGUUGUAGCAGAGAUGGAUGUAAUUUAUUUGACGAAAAGAAUGUUUUUUUUGGGGGCUUAUGUGAAAUUUGCUGGCUAUAGUUUACUUUA